UCGUAACUGUCAGAUUUUUUCAGUUGUUAUUCGAAUGCACGUUUAAUUUUUUUGGACACAAGUGAAAAAUGAACAAAAACUAGUGCAGUUUACAAUAAUUGACUUUAUUACGUGAUUAACUAAAUAACUGUGUUAAAAUUUUUCGAAAAAAAAUUGUGUAGUUGAGAUUUUCAACAAGUAUUUGUAAAAAAUGACCACCAAUGUAAAAUUAAAAGAAGCAUUCGAAGUCGAGUCUAAACAUGGCGCUUUUUAUACCGGGGGCAACAUUGAGUGGCAUCAAGACACCAUUUACUGUCAGACUUCUUCAUCUGUCACUCUUUUGAAUACCCAAGAUGGCGUCGUGAGUCAAACCAUCGGAGAAGAAAAUGGAGAAGAUUGUGAUUUUCUUCAGACUUUUACAACCGACGGCGAAAGAAUUAUAUCGUCGCACAAAAGCAGUCUUUUGAAGUUGUGGAAUAGACAAGGUCAACUUGUCAAAAUGUGGAAAUAUAUCCACAAAGGACCUAUAGCGAAACUGAGUCUCAAAGACAAGUUUUUGGCAAGUGGUGGUUCUGAUGGAAGUGUCAGAAUCUGGGAUUUGGACCACCAAACUUGCAUUUUGAACCUUAAAGGGUGUCAAGGCGUGGUCAACGUUGCCGAAUUCCACCCAAUUGAAAAUGUUAUUUUCGGGAGUGGGGAUGACGGCAAAAUCCUAUCGUGGGAUCUAAUCAAAGGCGAGCCUCUGGUUGGCUACAAUGCUCAUUUUAGUAAAGUAACGUCUCUAGUCUUCGCCAAUGAUGACAAACAUUUUGUGACGUCAGGGCGUGAUAAGGUUAUAAUUUUGUGGCAAUUUAACCAAAUUAAAGCCUUGAAGACUAUCCCUUUAUAUGAAGCCGUGGAAGUUAUAAUUGGGUUACCUGAGAAAUUUAAAUUACCAGAUUUUAAAUCAGAUCUCGAUUGUAUUUAUGUCGCUUCCGGUGGUGAAAAUGGGUUGGUAAGAGUGUGGGACGUUACAAACUCUAAAGAAAUAUAUCAACAGCAAAAUUCCCUAGUGACCAAGGCUCAAGAUGGUGGAUUGGCCAUUACGAAAUUGUUACUAGGGGAUGAAGGAAAAACGUUGGCAGUAAUCACAGUCGACCAUAAUAUUAUUUUACAUUCUCUCAAAUCGUUCGUUUGUUUGAAACAAUUCAUAGGCUUCUCGGAUGAGAUUCUUGAUAUUUGUUUUGUUGGCAAGAAUGAUUCGCAUUUGGCCGUGGCAACCAAUUCUUGCGAUAUUAAAUUGUAUGACAAUUCAGACAUGAACUGUCAGUUGUUGAAAGGUCAUAGUGACAUUGUUUUGACAUUAGCUGCCAGUAGGGCUAACCCAAACUUUAUGCUUUCUGGUGGUAAAGAUAAUAAGAUUUGUCUAUGGUCAUUCGAUGGUGCCACAAUGUCAUGCAUUGGUACUGGUUUGAGACACACGGGUUCCGUCGGUUCGGUCACUUUCAGUAAUACCAACCUAGACUUCAUGGUAAGUGUCAGUCAAGACACUUGCUUGAAACUCUGGGAAGUCCCUAAAAAACCAACCAGUGAUACCAUCCUAAACUGUACUAGAACCGAAAUCGCGCAUCAAAAAGACAUCAACUGUGUGUCGGUCUCCCCAAAUGACAGAAUCAUCGCCACGGCCUCUCAAGACAAAACCGCCAAGCUCUGGACCGACAGUCUGACUUUCGUGGGGACCCUCAAAGGUCACAAACGUGGAGUCUGGUCUGUAAAAUUCUCUCCAAUUGAUCAAGUCGUCAUAACCUCCUCAGCUGACUGUACGAUCAAACUGUGGUCAGUCGCCGACCUCAACUGCCUCAAAACCCUCGAAGGUCACGACUCGAGUGUCCUCCAAGCCGAAUUCGUCUCAAACGGAAUGCAGAUUUUGAGUGCGGGGGCUGAUGGCUUCCUCAAACUCUUCAGUGUAAAAACAUCGGAAUGUGUCGGAACUUUUGACCAACACGAAGGUCGAAUCUGGGCAAUGGCGGUACAAAAGGACGAAAGUCGGAUCGUGACAGGAGGGUCCGACUCGCUUCUCAUCAAAUGGAAAGAUGUAACCGAGGAAAGAAAGUUGCAAAGAUUGAAAGAGGAGGAAGAGGAGGCUUUGCAACAGCAACAGUUGGCGAAUUAUUUGCAAAAUGAUCAACUUUUGAAAGCGUUAAAGUUGGCGUUGAAGUUGGAUCGGCCACUGCAAGUUUUGAAGAUCGUUCAAGGGAUUAUACGGAAAGGUGAGACGACUGGACUUGCCGAAGCCGUGAAGGAGUUGAGGAAUGAUCAAAAGGAAGCGCUGCUCAAAUCUGCUGCGACUUGGAAUACCAACAGUCGGAAUUGUCAAUCGGCCCAACUUGUCUUGAAUAUCCUCUUGGGGGAGUUACAGAGUGGGGAUUUUAAGCCAGUGGGGUUGAGUCGGACCGUAGAGGGCGCUUUGCCCUACACUGAAAGACAUUUCAAACGCCUAACUCAACUGUUACAAGACUUGCAUUUUGUUACAUACACUAUCAAUUGUAUGCAGCCCCAUAUAAAAAACAUGUGAAUGUCUUGUUAGGUUUUGUCAUUAUCGAUAUUGUUUUUAGUUAGUUCUCGACUUGUUUAAGUAACGUCAUUGUCAAAUAAUUGAGUCAGUGUGAUUUAAACAUUUGUUUUUUCAAUUAAAUCGUUUCAUGAU